UCUCAUUUGGUAUUUUCCUCAGAUAGCUCAAUGUUUCCCCUCCACAGGUAGAAACGGUUGAGAAACAUACAAAGAUCUUCAACCUUUGACUGUGAACCUCUUCUUUCUCUCUUUCUCUCAAUUUCUUUACUCGUCUUACCUCUUCCAUUAACUUUCAUGUCUCUGAGAUAAACAAAAAAUCAUAAAGAGAACAACAACAAUAAAAACAGUGACCCAGACACACUGAUGAAACAGGCAGCUGCAAGGUCAUCCCUGAGGAGGCUUUGUCCGAACAUCGAUAAAGAAGAUGGACUGGAAACCGUUCUUGAAAUUCCCAUACCGGAAGAAAUGUUUGCAAGCAUGGGAAGUAACGUGACAUUGCGGUGGCAGAACAUGUUAACGUGGAUGAAGGCUCAAACAGAGGAUAGAUUGGCUUCUCCUACCGUCGCGGCACGAUUAAACGAGCUUCGCUUUCUCCUUUACCUUGUUGGAUCCCCUCUCAUCCCUCUUCAGGUCCAAUUAGGCCAUUCCAUCCACCGUCCAGUCAGAGAUUGUUCCAUUGAAGCAUCGACGGCGAAGUACAUAGUGCAACAAUAUAUAGCGGCGACAGGAGGACAACCAGCAUUGAAUGCGGUGGAUAGUAUGUGUGUAACGGGGCAAGUGAAGAUUAGUGCAUCAGAUUUUCACCAUACAAGUGAUAGCACUGAGGUGAAGAAAACCAAUGAUGAAAUUGGAGGGUUUGUUUUAUGGCAAAAGGACCCAGAUUUAUGGUGCUUAGAGCUAGUUGUGGCUGGAUGCAAAGUUUGUUGCGGUAGCAAUGGCAGGGUCUCAUGGCGCCAUUCCACUAACCAACAAACCCCCAUUUCAAAAGGCGCUCCUAGACCAUUGCGUCGUUUCCUUCAGGGAUUAGAUCCAAGGGCCACAGCAAACUUAUUUUUGGACGCUGCGUGCAUAGGAGAGAAAAUCAUCAAUGAUGAGGAGUGCUUCAUUCUGAAGCUGGAAACAAGCCCAGCAAUUCGUGAGGCUCAAAGUGGGUCAAAUUUUGAGAUUAUUCACCACACGAUAUGGGGAUAUUUUAGCCAGCGAUCUGGUCUAUUGGUUCAAUUUGAAGACUCUAGAUUGCUCACAAUGAGAACCAAAGAUGACAAUGACAUUUUCUGGGAAACUAGUCUAGAGUCAGUGAUUGAGGAUUAUAAGUAUGUGGAUGGGAUAAAUGUGUCUCAUAGUGGAACUACUCGAGUUACAGUUUCUAGAUAUGGUGAGCAAUCGGCAAACCAUAAAAGAGAAUUGGAAGAGAGGUGGAAGAUUGAAGAGGUAGAUUUUAAUGUGUGUGGUUUGACUGCUGAAAGCUUUUUGCCUCCCUCAAGCCUAAGGAAAGCAUAGGAAGAAAAAAAACACAAGCAUCACAUAUAUUAUGUAAUUGGAAAAUGAAGCAAAUGUUGAU